AGCUUACAUGAGUUGUUGAAAGUACUAAAAGGUGAGAAAUACUUGGCAGCACGCCACAAUUGUAGGGUGAUGUGUAUUUUUAAGUCUAAUGUUAUUCCUUGAUCACCCAAACACACCAGGGCAUUACUUUUACUCGUGUUUAGUAAAAUGAUCACUUUGCUUUUCCUAUUUCUAAAAGAAUCAACUGGUUAGUGCAGGAUCAAGAACUGGAAAGACUGCAAUGAUGAACUCUCCUAAAGUCUUUUACUAGGAUUUUCUUAGCAUCCCUUUACUACCUUGCGGACUCGCUUUAAAAACUGUUGGCACCGAAGGAGUCUCUCAGGCUCCGCCCCAAGCCCCUCCUACAAAUUCUAGAAGGUCUCCUGGACUGGAAACGGGGCACGAAGGGGCCUCCUAUACACUCAGAGCCAGGAUUUGCAACUCUGUUUGAAAAUGUAACUUGUAAAUUGUAAAUGUAAAUGGGGAAGGACUCGGGCCAUAUUUUCUGCUCCAUUGGUCCUCAGCGUCCUCAGUGUACUUUGUCUACACCCUGUGGUUGAUUGGAUAGCAGACCAGAGGUUGUACGUGACCAGAAAGCCUCUUAUCUCAUUACUUACACAGCCCUCUCGCACGUUCGGCAUCCAGGUCCCAUGUCUUGGCACCCGCCCUUCUGGGGACUGGAUUCUUUAUCUCCCCGGCGCGCCCCUGCAGGCGGCGACAGGAGCCGGACUACAGCUCCCAGCAUCCCCCGCCCCUCCGCCCGCCGCCCGAGAGCCGACCCGGUAGUAGCUCUUCCCCGCCAAGGUUUCCACUCCCAGAGCUGCUCCCCAGCUUGGGACAUCCAGAAGCUCAGGGACCGAUCUCCGGGACGAGGGCAUUGCUAGAGGUGACAGCGCGGCAGUAUGGCCUUGCACCUGGGCAGGCUGAGCGCGGGCUCCUGCUGGCAAGCUGCGCGGGGCGGCCGCGGAGCGCUGUGCGCCUGGCCGGGGCGCUGCUCCGCGGGACGCAUCUGCCGGCCCCCGGGCUCCGCUGGCACCGAGCAGUGCCGCGGGCUGGGGCACGGCCGGACCGCGGGAGGAGCCUCCCGGUUGGGGACCGGGCUGACCACGGCGCUGGCGGGGCUGGCCGGGCUGGCGGGGCUGGCCGCCGCCGCCUUCGGGCACGUACAGCGGGCGGAGAUGGUGCCGAAGAGCUCGGGGGCGCGGAGCUCUUCAUCGGGGAAGCCUGAGGAGGAGGACGAGCUGGCCCGUCGCUGCAGCUGCUUCAUGGCCUUGCCUGUGACCGACCUGCGCGAGCUGCGUGGGAGACCGAGCGACAUGAAGACCAAGAUGGAGCUGCUGAUCCUGGAGACCCAGGCCCAGGUGUGCCAGGCUCUGGCACAGGUAGACGGGGGCGCCCGCUUCUCCGUGGACCGGUGGGAGAGGAAGGAAGGAGGUGGUGGCAUCAGCUGCGUACUUCAAGAUGGGCAUGUUUUUGAAAAGGCCGGGGUGAGCGUUUCUGUUGUUCAUGGAAAUCUUUCUGAGGAAGCAGCGAAACAAAUGAGAAGCAGAGGGAAAAUUCUGAAGACGAAAGAUGGUAAAUUGCCGUUUUCUGCUAUGGGCGUGAGCUCUGUUAUCCACCCCAAGAAUCCUCAUGCUCCUACUAUCCAUUUCAACUACAGAUACUUUGAAGUAGAAGAAGCUGAUGGUAACAAGCUGUGGUGGUUUGGUGGUGGAUGUGACCUCACUCCAACAUACUUGAACCAAGAAGAUGCUGUCCAUUUCCACAGAACCCUAAAGGAGGCUUGUGACCAGCAUGGUCCUGAUCUCUACCCUAAAUUUAAAAAAUGGUGUGAUGAUUACUUUUUUAUAGUCCAUCGUGGGGAGCGGAGGGGCAUCGGGGGCAUCUUUUUUGAUGACCUUGACUCUCCAUCCAAGGAAGAAGUGUUUCGCUUCGUGCAGAGCUGCGCCCAGGCUGUGGUUCCUUCAUACAUUCCUCUUGUGAAGAAGCACUGUGAUGAUUCAUUCACCCCCCAGGAGAAGCUGUGGCAGCAGCUGCGGAGAGGACGGUAUGUAGAAUUUAACCUUGUGUAUGAUCGAGGUACAAAGUUUGGCCUCUUCACUCCAGGAUCCAGGAUUGAAAGCAUCUUGAUGUCUUUACCUCUAACUGCUCGAUGGGAGUACAUGCAUUCACCCCCAGAGAACUCCAAAGAAGCGGAAAUUCUGGAAGUUCUGCGCCAUCCGAGAGACUGGGUGCAUUAAUGCAGGCGGAGUGGCCUGCCUGGGGCUUGGGGGACACAGAAUGAGUGCCCCAUUCCACCGGCCCGCAGCGUUGCCACUGUGUGGCAGUGAAUAACCUGUGUGUUAAGCUCCAGUCUUCUCCACUCUGCAGUCUGCUUCCUUGGCAGACACAGAGUGUGUUUUAAGUACUACAAGUUUCCAUAGGAUGCUGCCAGUGACAGGUGGUGAUAUGGCAGCUUGUCAGAGUCAAUUGGUUGAUAAAAACCUCAUUUAUACUUUCCGAAUCAUUUUAUAUGACUAGUUUACAAAAUACAAAAUUGAGUUUCCAAGUGUUGAGUUAAGGGAAUCUAAAUAUAACUUGCAUCAGGAAACUUUUCAUGCUCUUUUUGUUUUAUGUAUUUUUUAAAGUUUUAGCUUCUGCCACCAAAAAUCGGUGGUGGGAUAAAUUUUAUUUUCAUUAAUUCAGUGAGGUUGCAACUUCAUAACAAUUUCAGAAAGCAAUUUGAAAUGAAGGUAAAACAUUUACUUUGUCAUGACAGAAGUUUCGUUGAUCAUAACCUUUAUAUAUCUUUCUCUAGAGAUAAUAAUAUUGUAAAAUGUUCAUUUUUAUAAUGACAUUUAGGAACACUUGAAAUUUCCUAAAUAUCCGCAUGUGUUAACAAUUCAAUAAUUCCCUGUAGUUGUUAACUCUAAAGUGACAUCACUGUUAUUUAAAUAAGGGACAUCUGAGAUGUAAUUCUGAUUUUUGUAGAGCUAUAAUUUGUUAAUGUUGGAUUCUCUGCACUUUUGAAUGUGAAAGCUUAUAACCCUGGAGUCUGAUAUUUAAAAUUUUCUAUUCCAGACAUUUCUAUAUGCAAAUUUAGAUUAAGAACUGGGCAUGUUUGAGUUAGGAAAUGUUUCUCAUUUGGGAAAUGAGAAAUACUUUCCUUCCUUAAUUAAAGUCAACAUAACUAGUGUGAAAAGCAUGUAGGCAUUUUAUAAAUAUAUUUCUUUGUAAGAUGGACUAAAGUUGCCCUCUUUUUAAAUUAGAGGUUGUGUAGUAAAUCACAAUAGAAUAGUGUGUCUUCUUUGUUCAUAUAAUAAUGUGAGUGUAUUUUACUCAUAAUAUGUUGAAGUUUGUAAGGAAUAGUAUCUUCAUAUUAUUGAGCAUUAUCUUGGAAUAUGUUAAAUGUAUGUGAUUGUGUAUGUGACUCUUUAGGGCUGGGAAAUGUAUGGACUCUUCAACUAUCUUACAACAGAUCUGCUGAUAAAUUUUAUGAAAUAUGA